UUCUCAUUUCUCUUACAUCGUCAACUGAAGAAAGCCGAGAGCGUGUUACUCGAAACCCCGAGUUCGUUUCUACGUUUUACGUCUCCACGGCGACCGCCCUACCUCGCCGGAAACCUUGUUUCUCGAUGGUAGUUAUGGAGUUUCUUAUGAUCGGUUGCGUUCCAGGUACGGUCUGAGCACUCUGACCGUAUCUGGUUUCCUUAAACGAAAGCGACUUUACUUGGCUGAGUUUCGAAGUUAUUCCAUAUUCUGUCUAGAAAAUUAGGGGGAAAACUACAUUAUAAUAAUUAGGGAUUAGGUUUCUCGGUUUUUAGCUAUCUCGAAUUCAUCUGAGUACAUUUAAUUUUUGAGAUACGAUUCAGAGAUAUUGAUGAUAAUUGUAAUCGAACCGUGGGUUAUGGAAUUCACAUUUUCUAUCUUACUAGCAUAACUCUGUUUUGCUUGUUUUUGUGAACACACUUGUUCGUUUCCUAAUCUUGAAUUAACCGAAGGAAUUGAAGAAUAAGAGCUUCAAUUUUAUAAAAUGAUGAAGAUUGUAGUUGUUGAUAUCUGAUUGUCUGAGGAGGUGCUGAAAUUCGUUCGAGUGAGCUUCUCUGAAUAUGCCAUUUCAGAUGAAGAUCCAGCCAAUUGAUUUUGACACCAUCGAAGAAGCAGCUCGGUUUGAGCUGGUGAAGCCGGUUGUGAAGUCGAAAUUAAAGCGAUUAUUUGAGAGACAGUUCCCGAACGUACUGAGAAAUUCGGCAGAGAAGGCCAACUUUGAAGAAUUGAACGCUAACAAGGACAGCUCCGAUGGUGCUGAGUUAGAGCCUAGUUCUCUAUGCUUGGCGAAUAUGGUUCAGAAUUUCAUCGAGGAUAACAACGAGAAACAAUUCAGCGCGUCUAGGUGCGGCCGCAGUCGCUGCAACUGCUUCAAUGGAAACAAUACGGACAGCUCCGAAGAGGAUUUGGAUUCACAUGGUUCUUUUGGCGAUUCCAAUUUUUCAUCCGGCGGUGAAGCAUGGGAACUUCUGAAGAGCUUACUUCCUUGUACGACUGUUCAUGAGAGGAAUUUAUUAGCGGAUACGGCAAGGAUCGUCGAGAAGAACAAAGUCUGCAAGCGUAAAGACAACUUAGCAAGAGAGAUUGUUACUAAUGGGUUGUUGGCUCUUGGCUACGACGCUUCCAUCUGCAAAUCUCACUGGGAAAAAUCCCCCACAUAUCCGGCCGGGGAUUAUGAAUACAUUGACGUGAUUAUUGAAGGAGAACGUUUAUUGAUAGACAUCGACUUACGAUCAGAGUUCGAAAUUGCACGAUCAACCAAAAGCUACAAAUCGAUCCUUCAACUUCUUCCUUAUAUUUUUGUCGGCAACCCUUUUCGCCUUCAGAGGAUCGUAUCGAUCGUAUCAGAGGCUGCAAAACAGAGCUUAAAAAAGAAGGGGAUGCCUGUUCCUCCAUGGAGGAAAGCGGAGUAUGUAAAAGCAAAGUGGCUCUCUCCCCAUAUUCGUGCCUCAUCCUUGUCGACUUCAGGCCCAGAUCCUGAGUCAAAGGAUGCUAUUGAAAACUGUGCUGAGAAAUCGGUGGAUCGUAAUGGGUUGGGAGAGCUUGAGACUGUUGCAGUUGUAAAAGAAUGGAAGCCUCCGGAGCUUAAGCCUAAAAGCUCGUCGGUUGGGGCUAGAAAUCUUAAGAUUGUUACUGGUUUGGCAUCGGUUAUUGAAGACUAGCUAGCCAUGGAAUUUUUGGUUUUGUUUCUUUUUAUCCUUUUUGGGUUUUUGACUAGUAAAAACAAAUAGUUAUACACAACCUAUAUCAUGGUGUUAUAAAAACCUUCAAAUCCCCUUCUGGUUUUUGUGUAAGGGUUUGGGUUUGGAUAUUACUCUUUAUCAAUAAUAUUUGAAAGACAAAUAGUUGACAACUA